UGCACGAAUGCGACUCCGGGUUUUGGAUUGGGGAAUAUGACUGGAAUUUCUUGAUUUGUUUUGAGGGUAGAAUAGUCUUUUCCCGGUCGAAGUAAUUUUUCCCUCAGAUUUGCAACGGCGGCAUCGACACUGACGUCCAGUCGAAUCAAAGAAUGCUCAGGUUGCGAGCUUAGAUGGUCUCGAAGAUGCACGGUUUACCAAUCAAUCAGCGUUGCCAUCGAAGCCGGCGCCAGCAGUUUCCAACUCUACGAAUCGGCUCUCCCACAAGGAUUGACGACCACCCUCCAAUGACCGUUGCAUAGUUAACUGGUUCUUGGAACGCUAGGUAUGUGGUGGUGAUGGUGGUGCGUGCCGCAGGGGGGGGGGGGGGAGGUUGCUCUUUUGCAAAAAAAUUAUGUUUUAUAUUAUAACAUAAUAAGUAUUAUUUUUUAUGUUGUACUUUUUUUUUGCAUUAUAACUAGGUGUAAAGCCCAGAAUGUUUAUGGGCCUUAAAAAAGAAAAGGCAACCAAGGAGGUUGACCCAUAGUGGCUGAAAUCAAUUAGGGUUUCGAAUUCGAUAAAGGGGGAGUAUAAAAACCCUCUAUCCUUGCAGCCGCCUACCAUUUUCCCAGCUUUCCUUUUCUCUUUUGACGAGCCAUGAUUCUCCCUUUCCCAUUGCCUUUUUCUUUCUCUUUUCUCCUUUAGCCCAUUCUCUCUUCUCCAAACAACAUCUCUCUCUCCCUUUUCCUUUUUUUCGAUUGUUUUUGAGAGGCAAUAUUGGGACGACGCCUCAAGUUCUUUCUUUAAUUACCAUAGUGUCGUUCAAUGGUUCAUACUGUGGUUACAAACAGGUAUUUUUUUAUUGAUUUGUUAGUGUUGAAAAUCUUCUUUUUCCUUAAUAUCUCUCCCCCUCUAUUUUGGUUUGUCUUGGGGUUUGAUUUUUUGUUUAUUUUCUUCCUUCAAUAUGGAUCUGCAACCUAGGUGAAUUGGAAAACAUUCCAUGUGGUUCUAAGAUGCCAAUGCGCUAUGUUCUAGUGUGUGCAAAUUGGAAUGUGGUUCUUGAGAUUAUGACCCAUGGUGCCCUUAAUACAACCUUGCCAGACCAUAUUUUCGGCCCUUUGACAAGAAAAUGAUGUCCAUAAAGCUCCUUAAACAGCCUAAUCACACUGAACCACUAAGAUUGGGCCAGAUCAUACAACUAAUGACCUUUGACACCACCCCCCCUUUUCCCCCCCUCUCUGACAGUAAAGAAGUAUGGAGAUCUACAAAUCAUGGCCUUUUGGUGUGUGUAGAGCUCCAUCAAUGGUCUAAUCACUUUGAACCACCAAGAUUUGGGCAAAUCCAACGACUAGUAACCUUAGACAACACCCCCUUUGUCUUGCCCUUCUCCAACAGUGAAGAAGUAUGUAGAUCUGCAAGUCAUGGUUCUCUGAUUAGCUUCGACAAACCUCUCAGUCGGUUUCCCAGCUUCAAAUACACUCUUUCCAGUUCCAGAGACCCCCCUUAUCAGGGAAUGUUCGAUAUUGUUUCACUGUCAGGAUUGUUCGCUCCCUCAGAGGUUGGGACCUCAGCUUUCAAUAGCUCAGGUUGCCUGAAGGUGGUUUUAGCAAGACCUGGCGGUCAUGUAUUUGGGGGAGCACUUGCGGGAAGAAUAAUAGCAGACAUUCCUGUACAGCUUUCUGCGGAGUGGGCAUCAGGAGAACUUUGUGGCAACAGAAACCACAUCGAACAAUCGGGAGGAAGAAAUAGAAGCAGACUUGCCUUUGCCCGCUGAUUGUCCGGAACAAGCAAAGAAAUAGAAGUAGAGCUGCUACCGUCGUCUUCCUAUAUCAGACUCUUCUUGUUCCUUUGUGAAAUAGAGGACCAAACAAGACAAAAAGACACUUGGAUUUCAUUAUCUCAAAGUCCAUUGGCAAUGGAGGAGGUGGCGAUGGAGGCGUCGAAGAUGAAAGCUGCGAUAAUGAAGGGCAUAGGGAUGAGAGAAUGUGAUGUUUAAGGGUAGAGAGUUGAAAAUAUUUGAGCUUUUUGAGGGUAAAAUUAUAAUUAACUUGAUCGAUGAAAUAAGCUCUCAACAGCAUUUUGAGAAAAGUUG